GCUUCUCAGUCUCGCCGCGGCGGUCGCGGGAGUCGGUUCCCGCAUUUCGUGGCGCUAAUUCGAUUUGAACGCAUCGCUCGCGCGCGCGUAGGCGGUGCGUCGUCGCGUUCGGAGCCGUUGGCCCCCGAAUGAGUUUUCGUUAACUACGAAGUGCUUUGCGCACAGCACACACAGCCGACCACGCACGGUCCUUCGUUCGGUCGUGACACAGCGAGGUCAACGCCGAGACAACGUAACGACAAGAGGAAGCACCGACCGGCGGGUGCUCCUUCCCCCCCGCAAUUCGUUGUCGACUCGUGUGCGUGGCAGUUUUUCGACGCGUUCCAAAAAAGAAAAAAAAAACGUGAAAAGUGUGAGACCGAGAUCGAGAGUGUCCGUGGCCCGACGUGUCCUUCAUUAAAUACGAGAUUUUAUCGGGACUUACUAAUACUCGAGUAGAUGGUGAUCCCCGGUGGCGGCGUAUCGGAAUUUCGGAGCGUACGUUCCUCGUCGGCGUGGCGGGGCGCUCGUGACCAUGGCGACAAUCAACAAGUGCGGCGAGUAACAGUUGCGGCCACGUGAUGCGUCGCGUAGGUACACAACAUUACGGAUAACCCCGGCGAUUGCAUGAGCGAUUGCGCGACGUCAACGUGCCCGCAGAGAAGCCUCUCGUGUCCACGCGGAGUAGAGCGGAACAUCGGGAUACAUCGUGAAUAACGUAGGACGCGCGACAGUGUGAAAAUUCGACUCGUACUGACCGGAACUGACGUACGGCUGGCGUCGGACUUCGUCAGUAGUACAAACUGAAGCCGCUGAAGCGCGGCCGUGACCGACGCGCUGCAACUUCAAGUCCUUCGGUCGGAAAUCGAACUGUUAUACGGUCAUAACCUUAUCGGCGACAGUUCGUGCGACACGUUUCGCGGGGAAAACGACGAGUUCCGAGGACCAGCGGAGACGUGACGUAUCGCGUUUUAACGCGCGCGAGACAAAAUCGCGCGGUCGCGUCCCGUACUCGUUCGCUCGUGGGAAUUUCGCGGAAGUGAAGCCGCCCGACGUUUCGCGGAAAAGUGAAGCGCCGGAAACGCAGCCCGGCGCACGAGAGCCGAAGGCGGCGUGGGGCCUGGCCGCGUGGUGAUACAAUCGCGCGCGGCGCGGGUUCGUGAAAGAGAAGCCGCGGUGUGGCCGGUGGUUUCUUGUGUUCGCGCCGACGUUUGUACAUACAAGUAAAUUUAAACUACGCCGCCUCGUCGGACACGUGGACGCACCGUCGCCGCGCAUCGUCGUCGUCGCCGUGCGCGCUCCUGAACGUCGGCUGGAGAUCCUCGGAUGCACGAGAAGAUGCGUGUAAAAUCGUCGAGGUGACCGUGGUGUGAGCAUGGAGACUAUGCAGGAAGGUGGUGGCCGUCUGCAAAAUGGUUCGACCGCGAAGAUGCCGAAUCGGUUAAAGCUCGUGCAAAGUGACGAAAAUGACAAGGUGACGAGUGACAAGACAGCGGAGAUGGAUCCAUACAGGGAACUGGAGCUCUAUCUCGCCAAGGUUAAGGAUGAAAUCGGCGAGAUAAUCGAGUCAGCUCCAACAACUCCACUUCGCGUCGUAGAAGAGGCGAAACAUCCAACUCAGCCUGAGAAGGUGUCGAGCUGCGCGAAUGACUCGUUCGUCCCGAAAUAUCCGCCUGCUGCGAAAUCGCACGGUUUCGCAAGGAGACAAAACUCGUUGACGAGAGGCGACGAGGCUAUCGGCGAGUGGUCGAACAGCAUCCUCGCGGAGUUCAACAGCAUAAUCGCCAACGAGAUCAGCGAGCUUACCAAAGAGAAAACGAGGAGAAACGUCGCGCGCAGCAACGACGACGUCAGGGUGAUACAAUACAGAGAGCUGCUGAACGAAUUCGGAAUAUCCGACAGCGAGUGCUCCGAUCGAGAGUUUAACGGUGAACGUGGCUCUCUUAGAGAUGAGAAGAGUCUUCGGGAUCGCAGGAACGGAAAACUGUUUGUCGACGACGAUCGUCGCUGCCUGCUGAACUCCGAUUACGACGAGCCUCACGAUCGCGUGAUCCCCGAGGGGGGGAGGAGGAAGAGCGGCAGCCUGCCGGAGAACCUGCAGGACAUUUACGGUCGCAAUCGUGGUCGAUUUCACACCACGGAGACACUGAGCUCCGACUACGACGAGCCCAGCAAUUGCCUGCCGAUAAGCUCGAUCAGAAGCCAGAUCGAUCGGAUUACCUCUAGUCUACCGUCGAAAUUGGAGCGCGAGUGCGCCACGAAAGACGCACAAUCGAAUCCUUGCCAUGCACCAAAGACACCCGUAGGAUUAAGUUCGAAGACCAAUGAAGAUACCAACGUGGACGCGCUCCAAGCCCGAUCGUUCAGAAACGCCGAGGACGACGCUGUCGAAGAGGCGAACGCGAGAUUACCGCCGCGACAGCGAUCCGAGAGAAAGACGAGCCUUCCCAUCAACCUAACGAGUCAAAAACGUAGAAAGGCAAUGCGACUGCAGAGACUCCGACGCGGAGGCGCGGACGAUCAAGAGACCAUGGAUCCCGAUUACGACGACGUGUUUCCGAACGGGGUUACGGGCAGGUCCAGAUCGUUGGACAAUCACGUCCCGAAAUCGGCGCCUGUGACACCCACGGAGGAGAAGAAGCCGCCGUUCUCGAAAUUGUUGAAAAAACGGCAUCACACGCCGGUGUUCCACGAGAGCUCCGACGACGUUAUCCUGGUCAGCGUGUCUUCGCUGCCGGAUCAGGAUAUGCUGCGCCGGAGAAACGACAGGCUCCACGAGGCGAAGAACGUCAAGGUGAAUUCGAAAGAAACGUUGACUCGAAAAAAGAGGGCGAUAUCGCCGCUAACUUUACGUUCCGAUGUCACCGCGAAAAGACUGUCGGAGUCGGACAGAGAUAUCAGGCAAGUCAGCCCGGUGGACUUGAAGAAGUUCACGUUGACGCGAACGUGGGGCAACGAUGUCGCGGUGAAUUGCGACUUGUCCGAGAACAAUGACGUCAAUGGGAAUUGCGGGAUCGUGAACGGAACCCUCGGCAAACUGGAGCACGCUGAUGUGAAAAGGAUCAUGGAGGAGCAAAACGCGAGAACGGGAUCCCUGCCUAAUUCCCUGCAGUCCCUAUUGUCGAGAAUACGAAAUGGCUCGGGUUCCUGUUGCCCAAAUAGUCCGCCGGUGGAUACUCUCACCUGCUCCGACAUGGCGACCCAAACUUCGCCGGCGAUUUCAAGGAGCUCUAGCUUCACCUGGGUCAGCGAUUGCGACUCUCCUCAAGCCGAGUCCCAAUUAGAUUCGCAGUCAUUGCAAGAUGAGAGCACAUUAGAUCCAGUUUCUCCCCAAGACACUGUGGAUGACGACAAUAGAUCCUCAUCGUCGUCCCAGGACCUCCUACAGAGCAUGGACGAGAUUUCUUCCGGAAGUUUGUCGCCGGAUACCACCGACAGAGCAUCUCCGCUUGAAAGCGGGAUUGGAACGGCGAGUCCACCUAGAAGCACGGACCGCCGCUUAACUAAACCGUCCACACCGAAUAAAUGUCAUCGCCAAGAGACAUGGGAGCGAAUUCGGCGACGGCCAUCGAAACUGAAUUCGCGAAACGACAAGAACUCGCAGGACGUGUGGGUCAAACGCGAGAGCGUGCACACGCAAACGAAACAGAUCGACGAUCAGUACUCGCAGGACGCGGUGGACAGCAGUAGCGGUCUCGAUGACUCGUUGCCGAGGAUCAGGACGUCCAGGCCUACGAAUUUACCGCUAUGCUUGUCCACCACUGCGAGCAGUUCCUUAAGCUCGGGCGAGCUGCUCGAGACGCCGCCCCGAGCGCCGUCCUCUCCGUCCGCGGCGAGUCUCCAGCUGAAGCCGGAACCUCUGACUGUGGAAAUGGGCGGGAAGAGCAGCAGCGCGCCGUUGUUGGAGAACAAUGACGCGAAGAACGUCAACGGGAAGGUGCCGAGCUUGCAGCAGCAGCCGCGCUCGCAAUCGGAACGACAACUAUCAGAAAUCGAGGCACAAGAAGCUUGUAAAUGGUUGAGAGCUGCCGGAUUCCCGCAGUACGCGCAAAUGUACGAAGAUUAUCAGUUUCCGAUUGACGUUUCCGGCGUAGCCAAGGACCACCCUUUCCUCGAGGCCGACUCGCUGCAGAGCCUCUUCCGGCGUCUGCACGCCCUUAAUCGUUGCGCCAAUAUGAAACUCGACACGCAUCACACGCACCACAGCACGAGCCACGGCAAAAGCAGUGGCGGUGGUGACGAAUCCGACGAGGACACGCAGUGCGCCUUGAGCGAAAAAUGGACCUUCGAGAAGAAGACGAGACGCUGGUCCCGCAUAGGCGACGUCACAGCGGCGAACGUUGAGAGGCUGCAGGCGAUCGCCGGGCAGAACGCCGCGUCCGAGGACGACUCCAUCGAGGAUCGUCUGGAGGCCGAAGAAGCGGAGGAUACCAUGCUGGAGAAUCUGCAGUACGGCAGCUUGCCACCGGGGACCGUCCCCGACGGGGAGAACAGCGCGCGAUUUCGCAGGAGCGGCUCGGAGAGGCUACGGGACGGCGCAAAGGCUUUCCUGAGGCGCGUGGAGUCUCUAAAAUCGCGACGGCGGAAGCGCCAGAAUCGCGACGGGGUGGUGAUCAGCGGACCCCAGGUGCUCGACGUGAUGUCCAUGCAGCAGAAGAUGAAGGAGCUGAAUUGCGUCGACGUGUCGCCCACGGGGCCGGCGCCGGUGUCCUUCAACGAACUCCUGUCGGCUUCGCCUCUACCAAUUCCCGGCUCGCCGGCCACCCUACCGGCCUCUCCCUAUCAUCUACCGCCGUCGCCGCUGGCGAACGCGCCUAGUCCCUUCGGCGACGACUCCUCCAGCUACUGCUCGGACGGCUCGCAGGGCGGUGGACCGACGCCGACGCCGACCCGCACAAAGAUGAGUCGCGCCCGCCGAUUUCUACACCGCGGCAGGGAGGAUCAGGGCGCGCUGAGCGACUCCGAGUGCCAGCCGACGAACUGGCGACACCGAUACUUCCGCGACGCUAACAGCAAUCACGCCAAGGUGCUCGAGUUCGUGAGCGUACGUUCCCACAGUUCCAAGGAACGUUCCCAGACUUCCACGCCGGCGAAGAACACACCGAUCAACACUCGCGGCGGCAGCCUGAAUCUCGGCAAGGAGUCGCAGAGGUAUCGCGACAAGCUCGUGCAGAGCAAGGAGGAAAAGGCGACAUCCUCCUCGAAGCGGGAGGAGAAGACACGCAAGAGCUUCCGGCACCGCGACGAUUCGCACAGGGAAGGCAAGUCGCUGGCCAAGGAUGUGACAGUCUACCGAGAGAAAUCCAGGAGUAGGAGCUCUGAAUUGGCCGGCAGUCAGGAGAGUGGCUCCACCGUGGCUAGUAGAGAUUCCGAGCCGGAAGAGGAAUCGCCCAGGCACAAGGGCACCGUUGUGAGGUGGCACAGCUUCCAGAGAGGGUCGCUCUACCCCGAACCCUUGGACCCGUUGUGCCCCAGAGCGAUGGCAUCCAUGUCGUGCGGACAACUUUUAGUCCUGAGGAAGCUGGCACUGCUGAAACUCACGGCGUGCAUGGAACGGUAUUGUCCGACUCAUCGCACUGGCUGGAACUGGGAGCUUCCGAAGUUUAUCAGGAAAAUCAAGUCGCCUGAUUAUAAAGACAAGACGGUUUUCGGAGUGCCGCUCUUACUGUCGCUACAGAGAACCGGUCAAGCGUUACCUAAGUGCAUUCAAAUCGCCCUGAGAUGGCUGAGGGCCAACGCUCUGGAUCAGGUGGGCAUCUUUAGAAAGAGCGGCGUCAAGUCGAGGAUACAGAAGUUGAAGAUCAUGACGGAGACCCAGGGGGACAAUAUCAAUUUUGACGGGCAGCAGGCAUUUGACGUCGCCGAUCUUGUCAAACAGUAUUUCAGGGAGCUGCCGGAGGCUCUGCUGACGAACAAGCUCUCGGAGACGUUCAUCGCCAUCUUCCAACAUGUGCCGGUGGAGUUGCGACCCGACGCCGUGCAGUGCGUCCUGUUGCUGCUUCCGGACGAGCAUCGCGAGGCAUUGGAGACUCUGCUCGACUUCUUGAAUCAUGUCGCCAGUAACUCGCCCUAUAACCAAAUGACAGCCUCGAACCUGUCUGUGUGUCUAGCUCCGAGCCUGUUCCAUUUCAACCACAGCAACACGAACGUGACCAACAGGUCGAGCAGCGUGUCGCCACGUAGGCGAAAGACCGUGGGCAUUCCCGAUCAGCGGGAACUGUCGGAAAACAAAGCCGCUCACGAUUGUCUUCUGUAUCUGGUCAAGAUGCAUCGUGAAUUAUUCAUGGUCUCGUCGGACAUGCUGACGCAGUGUCACUUUAAUUAUAUGGAAGAGAGCAUUCCAGUCGCGCUGGAGGAACUCGGCUCGGAAUUGAAGCAGGAUUGGAGGGGCUACCUGUACGCCUGCACCACGGCAUUGCUGAAGGAAGCGCGAGAAAACAGAAGUCGCGGUUGGGUCACGGUAAACAAUCCUGCCGACAACAGCGUAGAAAUGGCGUAUAAAAAGGUCGGCGACGGACAUCCGCUUCGUCUCUGGCGAGUGUCAACCGAGGUUGAAGCUCCGCCAAACGAGCUGUUACAUCGUGUGCUAAGAGAAAGGCAUAUCUGGGAUCCGCAACUUUUAAAAUACAGACUGGUGACCAAGUUAGACACCAACGUGGAGGUCUUCCAAUACGCAACCGGAAACAUGAGUCCGCUGCCCGCUCGAGAUUAUUGUGUAUUAAGAUCUUGGCGGAAUGAUCUUCCUAAAGGUACUUGCGUCAUUGUCGAAACAUCCGUGCAACAUCCAGACGCUCCUGUCAUGCUCGGGGGAACUCGCGGCAUUGUUUUGGCCUCACGUUAUCUUAUCGAACCAUGUGGCAGCGGCAAAUCUCGUAUUAUGCAUUUAUCCAGAGUCGAUACGAAGGGUCGCACACCUGAAUGGUACAAUAAGAGCUACGGACACAUCGCUGCUCUUCAUCUGAGCAAAAUCCGUAAUUCUUUCAAGCAUAGCACCGACGGGCCCGAAAGUAAAGUUUGAGAACAGAGUACCGUGCAACUAUCGUUGCACGGUUCUUCUUUCCCUUCCUCCUCUUCGUCCUCUUGCUCUUCCUUCUCCACCUUCACCUCCGUCUCCUCUAUCUCCACCUCCACCUCCGCUUCCAUCUCCACCGUCACUCUCCAAGUACCCGACGAGCAGCAGUGUGACCAUAGGACUCUAAUGGACGUAUUACAAGUCCAGCCUACCAUCGACGAGGAAUAAUCUCGAUCGAUCAGCGCGAUCAGUAACCAAAACCCACCGAUGUCGUAGUUAGCUUCGUUCAGCAACUGUUUUUGGACUUGAGAUAAGCAAUCUAUUUUAUCGUAAAGUAGUAUAGUAGUAGAAUCCCCCGUAUGACGUUUACUGUCCAGAGAUCUUGCCGUCCGUUUGUCAUGAAAGUUAGUGAAAGGCGAGAUACAAAAAAGAACGGACAAUUUUAUUGAGCAGUUUUAAUAAUGAAUAAAUAUCAAUAAGUCGACUGUAUAUAUUUUUUGGGAUAUAAGAAUCCAUUAUUUUUGCAACUCUGAUAUUGUUCGAGAAUUUAUAAAAUCUAUCAAAUCCCGCAGUUGGGCGCGAUUCUUAAAAUCGUGUCUCGCUGCAAGUUUAAUUUGAUUGCAUUUUUUAAUGCUAAAAGAUUGAAAAAACGGUUAGGUAAACGUUUCCGGUUGCGGGAUAGAAAAUGAACGUCAUUCGGUGUUUUCGACGACUAUGUGUAUAUGUGUUUUAUAUGAUAAUAGCGACUUCAUGGAUUUAUUUUGUACUAUAACAAGUUCAUAUCUUCGAUAAAAAUAAGAUAGAACAAGGAGAGCACGACCAAGAUGAGAGAGAUAAUAUUAACGAUAUUUUUCUCAUAAUUCUUAAUCGAUAAAACUUCCUGAUAUAAAGAGUCAUUGAUUCGACUUUUACAAAGACUAUAAUAUAGAUUAUAGCUGGAAUUUCUUUUAAUAUCUUAUUUUUGCAACAAAAUUUUACUACUAGACUUCAUGUCAAAUAUUUUUCUAUGAUCGAUAAAAUUUUUUGAUGAACAAAUGAUAUCUGUGGGACUGAGUCGCAUAAUAAAAUGUCGCGUAGAACAACAAUACAGUCGCUAUACAGAAUCAUUCAAACUUGUAGAAUGCACCAAUCAGUUACAGUGACAGCUGUAAAUAAAACCGCAUCCAAGUGAACGCUCGUACGUAUCGUUCGUACGUGACCAUUUAUAAUGACGAUGUUGAUUAACGUUUCCGUCAGGCUCCUAAAGAUGGGACGAAGCCUAGAUAGGGUACUGUCUGAGAAAUACAAAUUUCACAUGCAUUUCGUAUAUUUUUUUCGGACCAAAUGCCAAUUUUUCUAUCACAUAGCGUAUCACAUUAAAGUAGUUGACAAACGUCUCGAUCGAGGAAUUUUCUUCCUCUCCCAUAAAUGUUGCCACACGUAGAUGAGCGGAUAUGUAAAUGUCGCUUACUCAUGUACACGUGUGUCUAUUUAUAAAUGUGCUCUUAUAAGCACGUGUUUGUUACAUGUAAAAGAGAGAACUACGCCGUUUCAGUGUCGGAGUUACACGAUGCACUGCUGCGCCGUUUAAGCUGCUGUGUGAAAAAAUACAUAGUGAGGAAAGUUAAGCAAAAAUAACUUAUGGUUAUAUAGCUUUUUGAGCUAUAAAAUUAUGCCGAUUAUUUCUAUUUUCUUAUAGCAUAAAAUGUGCGUUAUUUGAUACUUAAAUGCAUACAAUUAUAUUCUAUUAUAGUAUUAAUACUGUUAAAAUAUACGAUGACAGCUGCUCACGAAGUAAACGCCAUAAGAGAAUCACAAUCGCGGAAAAACAAUAAAUGCGAGUAAUCGAGUUUUUUUUUUAGAUAGAAAUCGAUAAAAUAUUCGACAUUUCUUUUGUUUUUGUGAGAUUAAAAAUAUUUCGAGUGUAACGAUUUGUGUGAGUAAAGCAGUGCAUUGUGCAGCUCCGCUCGUUAUCGUAGAUUUAUCGCCGAGGUCACGAUCGCCACGGCAGUUCGAGCAAUGCGAAAGGAUUUUGAGUAAAGCAUAAGUUUCCAAAAUCUCGUUGUUCCACCAUACGAGUGGUGGACUCCACUCGAACAACUAUCAUUGUUACUCGUGUCGAUGUUAAGAGUUAAAAUGAAAAAAAAAAAAGAUAUUUGUUUUCGCCGUGUUUACUUCGGAAUCGUCGCGAGUCGAUCAAUUACGCUCGCGAAUUUAGAACACGCGCUUAGGAUGUUUAAUCGUUCGACAUGUCCGCAUGCAACAAUUACCAUAGGGACCAUCUCGUGGACGUAACAAAUAACUGGACGCAAUGGUUGUCCGUGCGAAAUAGGAAGCGUAGGCAACGUAACAAUCGUAACGAAAUAUUAUUUGACAGAUAAAGACUACCAAUCGUUUGUUACGUCCAUGGAUCACCUUUGUUUGGACCUCAAACAGGAAAAAUGACCUGCGUAAGAUGCACCUCAUCGAAUUGAAACUCUAAGUGUAUUUUAACGUAAUACUAGUCACUUACAUUAUAGCCGAGAAUUAUGAAUUAUGACAUAGAUUUUUAUUGUGCAACGUUGCGCCGAGAGAAUAUUUAAAAUAUUAUUAAUUGCUACUAUAUAUAUUAUAUCGACGUUAAGUAAUCAUACAAAAUAUAUCAUAUUUUUGUGUCAACAAUAAACGCCAGUAGAAGCACGACGACUGAAAUGGAGAGACGUCGUCGGCGUUUCUUCAUAUUUGUAACGAUAUAUGAACGUCUUUAUUCUUGUAAUCCGUGUUCCACUAGAAUGUAAAUAUGUAUAUUAUAUAAUAAUGAGCAACACAAAGUUAUAUAUA